UGAGAAAGAAAGAGAGAGGGGCAGACGAGCAGGUUAAACAAGAAGGAGGAAGUGAGUGAGAGAGAGAGAUAGUGUCAGUGCCGCACUGUAAAGUGGCGAGUGGACGUCUGCAGAGAAGUGUGGGCUGGGUUCAGCUGGUAUUUAAGAAGGGAACUUAGCUGAGGCUGCACAGCCUUUGACAAACAGGCAGAGGCAACUUGGAUAAAAGCAACACUCAGGAAAGGUGCACACUCGCAGCAGCAACAAGUGGAUCAGAAGCCUGCGCUCCUCUCAGACACUACUUUUCCAGCACUGCUUCCCCCCCAGGUUGUGGAGACUGCAGAGGGGCCAGAAUGCUGUGGGCAGCAGUGCUACUGCUGCCAGUCCUGGGACUCUCUGAUGCCUUGCCAUCAGAGUGGAUGCCAGGAAACUACACGUCAACAGAGGUGGAAGCCCAACGGUUUGUCAGCGACUACAACAGCACAGCAGAGCAAGUCUUCUUCCUCAGCACCAGUGCGAGCUGGACCUACAACACUAACUUGACGGACCACAAUUCCGAGCUGCAGGUGGCUGCAUCUCUGGAGGAGCAGGCCUUCACAGAAGCCUGGGGGAAGAAGGCCAAAGAAGUCUUCCCUGACGCAACCCUCAAUGGCUUCGCGCCCGAGCUGCAGAAGCUCAUUAAGAAAAUCAACGAGCUGGGAGCUGCCAAUCUCCCCACCACUGAGAGAGAGGAGUACAACACCAUUCUCAGCACCAUGGACAAACUAUAUUCUACAGCCAAAGUGUGCCCCACACCUGGAGAACCUUGCUGGAAUCUUGAGCCAGAGAUAUCCCAAAUCAUGGCCACCUCUCGGAGCUACAAGCGGCUGCUGUACGCAUGGGAGGGCUGGCACAAUGCCUCGGGGGUGCCCCUCAGGCAGCACUACCCCAGGUUUGUGGAGCUCAGCAACAAGGCUUCCCUCGCUGACGGCCAUGCUGACACUGGGGCGUACUGGCGCUCGUGGUACGAGUCGGCCACCUUCGAGAACGACCUGGAGGAGAUCUACAAAACCAUCCAGCCGCUUUACAACAACCUGCACGCCUUCGUACGCAGGAAGCUGUACCAUCACUACGGCCCCAAGUACAUCAACCUCAAAGGACCAAUCCCAGCUCACUUGUUAGGUAACAUGUGGUCUCAAACCUGGAACAACAUCUACGACAUGAUGAUCCCCUUCCCUGGAAAAACCAAUGUGGACGUGACGAAGGAGAUGUUGGAACAAGGCUAUAAUUCCACGCACAUGUUUCGUGUGGCUGAGGAGUUCUUCACAUCUUUGGGCCUGAUCGAGAUGCCUGACAAGUUCUGGGAAAAGUCCAUGUUGGAGAAGCCUGAAGGUCGAGAGGUCGUGUGCCACGCAUCCGCCUGGGACUUCUACAACCGAGAGGACUUCAGGAUCAAACAGUGCACCACGGUGACCAUGGAACAGCUCUUCACCGUGCACCACGAGAUGGGUCAUGUGGAGUACUACCUGCAGUACAAGGACCUGCCGGUCAGCUUCCGCCGCGGGGCCAACCCGGGCUUCCACGAGGCCAUAGGGGACGUGCUGUCCCUCUCCGUCUCCACCCCCAAGCACCUCCACACCAUCGGCCUGCUGCCAACGCUGGAGAACGAUGAAGAGAGUGACAUCAACUACCUGCUGAAGAUGGCGUUGGAAAAGAUGGCCUUCCUCCCCUUCGGCUAUCUGAUCGACCAGUGGAGGUGGGGGGUGUUCAGUGGCCGGACCCCCCCAGAGCGCUACAACGCUGAGUGGUGGAACCUCAGAACAAAAUACCAGGGGAUCUGCCCUCCGACUAGACGCACAGAGGAACACUUUGACGCUGGGGCGAAAUACCACAUUCCUGGAAACACGCCAUACAUCAGGUAUUUUGUGAGUUUCAUCCUGCAGUUCCAGUUCCACGAGAAGCUGUGUCAGGCCGCAGGGCACAAGGGACCCCUGCAUACAUGUGACAUCUACAAGUCCACGGCGGCAGGAGACAUCUUAGCGAAGGUGCUUCAGUCUGGGUCUUCCAAACCCUGGGAAGAAGUUCUACAAGAUGCUCUCGGAACAGGGAAGAUGAAUGCCAGUUCGCUCAUGAAUUACUUCGAGCCAAUCACCAUCUGGCUGGAGAAGCAGAACCAGAACGAGACCCUGGGUUGGCCCGACUUCAACUGGGUCCCGCCCAUGCCAGAGGGCUACCCUGAGGAUAUUGAUAAAAUAGCUGACGAGGUGCAGGCCAAGGCCCUCCUGGCAGAGUACAACAGCACAGCAGAGGUGGUGUGGAACGACUAUACUGAGGCCUCGUGGACCUACAACACUGACAUCACUGAGGCAAACAAGCUGAACAUGCUUCAGAAAAACUUGGACAUGUCCAACCACACACUGACCUACGGGAUGAAGGCCCGCAAUUACGACACCACAGACUUCCAGGACGCCUCCGUCAAGCGAAUCCUGAACAAGCUGAGUGACAUUGAGAGGGCAGGACUUCCUGAUCAUGAACUGGUAGAGUACAACAAUCUGCUGGCCAACAUGGAGACUAAGUACAGCGUGGCUAAAGUGUGUCGAGAAAACGGGACCUGCCAUCCUCUCGACCCAGACCUCCAGAAGAUCAUGGCAGAGUCCAGGGACUACAAAGAGCUGCUGUUUGCCUGGCAGGGCUGGAGGGAUGCCUCGGGCCGAGUCCUGCGCCAGGACUACCAGAGAUACGUGGAGCUGGCCAACAAAGCCGCCACACUCAACGGUCACUCUGACAACGGAGCCUUCUGGCGCUCCUUGUAUGAGACACCCACGUUCGAGCAGGACCUGGAGCGCCUGUGGAAGGAACUGGAACCCCUCUACCUCAACGUGCACGCCUACGUGCGCAGAUCCCUCUACAAGAAGUACGGAGCCAAUCACAUCAACCUGAAGGGCCCCAUCCCUGCUCACCUGCUAGGGAACAUGUGGGCUCAGACUUGGUCUGGAAUCAUGGACUUGGCCAUCCCUUACCCCGACGCUACACAGGUGGACGCCACACCAGCCAUGGUGGAACAGGGCUGGAAUGCAACCAGGAUGUUCCAGGAGUCCGACAACUUCUUCCAGUCCCUGGGCCUGAUACCGAUGCCUCCAGAGUUCUGGAGCAAAUCCAUGUUGGAGAAGCCUGAAGGUCGAGAGGUCGUGUGCCACGCCUCCGCCUGGGACUUCUACAACCGCAAAGACUUCAGGAUCAAACAGUGCACCGUGGUGACCAUGGAUGACCUCAUCACCGUGCACCAUGAGAUGGGCCACGUGCAGUACUUCCUGCAGUACAAGGACCAGCCAAUCUCGUUCCGCGACGGGGCCAACCCGGGUUUCCACGAGGCCAUCGGCGAUGUGCUGGCUCUGUCGGUGGCCACGCCCAAACACCUGCAGAGCAUCGGCCUGUUGGACAAGGUGGAGAGCAACUAUGAGAGUGACAUCAACUUCCUGAUGAGCAUCGCCUUGGACAAGAUCGCCUUCCUGCCCUUCGGCUACCUGAUGGACCAGUGGAGAUGGAAGGUGUUUGAUGGACGCAUCCCAAAGACCGAGUACAACAAGGAAUGGUGGAACCUCAGAAUGAAGUACCAGGGCCUGUGUCCGCCUGUGGCCCGUACAGAGAUGGACUUUGACCCGGGGGCAAAGUUCCACAUCCCAGCUAACGUGCCCUAUGUCAGAUACUUUGUGAGCUUCAUCAUCCAGUUCCAGUUCCACCAGGCCCUGUGCAAAGCAGCCAAUCACGUGGGCCCCCUCCACACAUGUGACAUCUACCAGUCUAAAGAGGCCGGGAAGCUGCUGGGUGAUGUGAUGAAGCUGGGCUUCAGUAAACCCUGGCCGGACGCCAUGGCCAUGAUCACAGGGCAGCCCCACAUGUCCGCCCUGCCGUUGGUGGAGUACUUCAAACCUCUCACAGACUGGCUGGAGAAGGAGAACAACAAGAACGGCGAGGUCCGGGGCUGGCCUGAGUACGACUGGAAACCACCCACUGAUACGGCCACCGCUCCCCCGACUGCACCCCCCACCCCCAGCCCCAGCUCCACCCCCGGCCCAGGUGAAGGGAAGGUGGACUUCCUGGGGAUGAGCCUGGACAGUGCUGCGGCAGCGGCGGGGCAGUGGGUCCUCCUGGUCCUGGGCCUGGUUCUCCUGGUGGCCACCAUCUUCAUUGGCUACAAAUACAGGAAGUCAAGAGGACGUGGGAGGUCUUCCUCUAAGAUGGAGCUUCAAGAGAAGUAAGAUGGUUGAUUUAGUUAGCAGCUUAACUGGCUAAAGCCACACUAACUGUAGCUACUGUACCACAAGACCUUGGAUCUUGUGCAACAUCAGUGUUUGUGUGUGUGCUACUGUAUGGCGUUCUGAUUUGAUCGGUUUCAGUUGUCUUUCUGUCUGCUUUCCUCCAUGUGUUGGAUGUUUUGUAUAUUUAUUGUAUAAAUUGAAAGUCACAAUUAUUUUCAGUAUGCAAAAAAAAAACUAGCAAACUGUUUUGUAAUUUAUUUGUGAUACUUGAACACUGGGACUAAGAAAUGUUCAAAUGAAUGUCUGUAAAGUAUUAAUUGUGUAUGCAUUUUUGAAAUAUUUGAUUGGAUCAGUGAAUACGUUGCCUUCGUAUAAUAAAGACAGAGAAAUUUG